CCAAGAGAAGAAAACAAAAGGAGUAAACCACUUGCGAAGGUAUCACGCACGCACACUCUCUCGCUCUCUCUCUCUUUGCUUUAUUUUCCUAUCUCACCGUCGAUUCGCCGGAACCCUAAUUCGAUCCGACGGAAACUCGAAGACUCCAUAGAUGAGCGUACGAUUGGGGAGCAGUUGAGAGAUCAAACGGGCCGGAUUUCGUCACCGGAUGGAGGGAGGUAGCGUCUCUAGACUUACUUGUUCUGGGAUACACCCAUGGAUUAUGAUGACAAUGAUUUUCAAAGCCAGAAUCUUCAUUUAGCUGGAGAAGGAAGCACCAAAUUUCCACCGGUUUUGCGGCCAUAUGCUCUUCCCAAGUUUGAUUUUGAUGACAGCCUUCCGGGGCAUUUAAGGUUUGAUAGUUUAGUUGAGACAGAAGUUUUUCUUGGCAUUGAAAGCAACGAAGAUAACCGUUGGAUUGAAGAUUUCUCUCGGGGGGGUAGUGGGAUAGAGUUCAGUUCUAGUGCAGCAGAAUCUUGCUCUAUAGUGAGGCGAAAUAAUGUUUGGUCUGAGGCCACUUCCUCAGAAUCUGUUGAAAUGCUAUUGAAAUCUGUUGGGCAGGAAGAAAUUAUUCCCAGACAAACUAUUGUGAAGGAGUCAGAUGCAUGUGAUGAACUGGGCUGCUUAACAAAGCAAAUGGAGCCUAGUCUGAUACAUGAUGAUAACAUUCUUCCUAAAUCAGGGGGCGUUACAGAUUUACAGUCUACAUUACCACAGGAUGAGAUUCCUGAAAACUUUUCUGGGUUAAAGGGUGAUAUACUGGUGGAGGGGCCUCAUGUUGAAGAUACUUCACAAACUCAAGAAGAUGAGUUUUCUGUGGAUGGAAGAUCGGGUGAACUGGAUCCCAAUGCUGUCAGUGUAAAGAGUAGCUUACCUGUGAUUGAGGAAAGUCCAUUUGCUGAUGGUAAAUCUAAUGAUGCAAAUAGAAGCGGUGUUGAUAUGUUGGCUGAUGAAUAUCUGGAUGACAAAACGCAAGAAGAUUCUUCUGCACCAGUUGUGCAAGUUGAUAAUUUGGUUACCUGUACACACAAUAAAAUUACAAGUGGCGAUGAGGUGAAUGAUCAAGAUCUCCUACAUCAGAUAGAUGAUAUUAGCAAUAUGAACUCAGAGGAACUGCAAACAGGAAAUAUUGAGCGAGAGGAGGAAUUUAAUGUUUUAAGCAGAGAGGCUAAAAUGAAUGAUCAAAAUUUGGAUGAAAAUGUAGUUGAAAGUGGUACCUUUCAUUUAGAAAGCCCUCUUGAUUCGCUCUCAAAGGUAGACUCUGUGAUAGAAGGAAAUGCAAUUGAAAAUUGCACCAGUAAUGUGGAGGAUCCUUCUAGUAUGUUACACAACGAUGAUUCUGACUUGCAUAUGGUGGAACAAUGCAGAGAGGAUGUAGAUUCCAGCAUUCCUGCCGAGCCAGGGAAAUGUGAUAAUGUGGUUUUAUUAAAAGACACAGAGGUUGGUGAUCCAUUUAAAGUAAAUACACAUGAAGUCACACCACUGGGCUUUAAGGGUGAUACUAGUAGUGAGAGAUAUGCAGUACAAGUUAGUGAUCCCAAUGCUCGGAUCUGCAUAAGCAUGGUGCCAAAGAUGGAUGCCAUUGUUCAGUUAACACAUGAACAGGAAAGUAAUGUUGAGAAGGAUGAUUUGUUACAAACUAGUCGCCAAUUAGAUAAUGAGAUUUUGGUAAGCAAAUCUGAGCCACCCAUGCCGUCCGUGGAGGAAAAUAAAGUUUCUAUGGGUGAAGGCAACAAAAACAACAAUUGUCAUGUAGGAGGUAUUUCUAGUGUGACUUUGGCGUGUUCUUCGGCUGAAUUGCUUGGGGGAACACCUGAGACUGGAACUCUGAAAGUUGUUCAUGAUGUUUCUGGAGCGCCCGGUGAGAACCUAAUCGCUGAAUCCACUCAAACAUGCAAAGAAGAUAAAUUCUAUGGGCAGGGUGAUGUUCAUAAAUGUGAUGUAAAUGUUUCAUUUAGUGAAAAGGAUAGCACAACGCUGCCUUCUGAUUCUAGUAAUGUGGAUUGUGUGGUUGGUAGAUCUCUUAUCAUCGAUAAGGGAGUUGAGAGCUCAUCUUUUCGAGAAGGUAGUGCUGGAAAUGAGUCAAUAGUUACAAAAUUACAAUUUGAUGCAACUAUAGGAAAUGAAUCAGCAUCAAAUGCUAACUUGGAAAAUGCUAAUAAGGUGGUAUCCUGUGACACGAUGGAUGGUGUUCUCUUGCCUUCUGAUGAUAUGACUACUGAUGGAGUUAUUCACGGCCAAGAGGUUCAAAUGACAGCUUCUGUUGGGGGGCUUACUCACUCGGAUGAAAAGGAGCCAACUGCAACCAAGACAUCUUCAGAAGCUGGAAUAUCUACUUUGAUGGAAUCUUCAGAAGUGGAAACUGAAUCAGGUCCUGUUUCUGAAACUGAAAAAGAUGCAUCCCAUGCUUCUGCUGGAAAGCUGCAACGAGAAACUGUUGAUCUAUCUCUGUCAAUGGUGGAAACCCGUGAUGCAGAAAGCCAGGCUGAAGCUAAAACAAUAUUUGCUAAUGAAGCUUACCCUGUUAUUUGUGAUAUAGCAGCAAAAGUAGGGGGUGGUGAAAAGGCAGCCCCAAAAGUUGCAGAACCAAUUCUAAACAAUGAUAUGAUGCUCACACAAUCUGUGUCUUUACCAUUGGAAGAAUCUUGCCAUGGCACUGGCCAAGUAGGUUUGGAAGCCGAUGAUACUACAGUUUCUGGAGAUAAGAACUGCAAGCAAACUGCCACGCCAAGCACCAAUAGUGAGGUUUUAAAACUUCCUGAGGACUCCUUUUCUUCUCUUUUACCCAAAUCUCAAAAUAAGUUAUGUACACUGGAAGGUGGUAGUGCUUCUGGCGAUCCUGGUAAACCGACUGGUUCCCCUAAUAUUAUUAAAACUACUGAGCUUUCAGAUAGCGAAAAUAAAAAGGAGGAAGUGAAGGCGUCCACAGAGGAGAGACUCAAUAGGUCCACAGUUCAGAAUGCCUCGAUUUCGGAGGUCAUUGAUGUGGAUGCCAGCAAUGUUUUGUCUAUUUCUGGGGGUCGAAAAGGAAAUAGCACCUCCAAAGAUGGGAAGAGCUUCCGUUUUGAGAUCAGUUCAUUGGCAGAUUCGUCUAGAAAAGACACUGGCAAGAAUUCGCAACCCAAGAAUUCGCAACCCUUUUCUUCUAUUUCCACUGGCAAUGUAACACCUGUUGUAGUGAGUUCUUCAACUUCUGGCUUAGGCCAAAUGGAGGCCAAGAUGUCACAAGAUAUUUCUUAUGGAAGUCCACAAGUAUCUGAAGGACAGAUUACACGUGGUGAUUCAAAAGGUACUCAUGAGCGUAAAACUAAGCGACAAGCUGGUAAGGCAACUGGAAAGGAAACUGCUAAAAGAGGAAAUCAUGCAAAAGAAACAGCUCUUACAAGGCAAUCAGACAGAGGGGACAAAUCAGCAAAUGUGUCCUUGAGCCCAUCUGCAAUUUUCCAGUUUGUGCAAUCCAGUGAAAUGCAGCACUAUGGGCAUAUAGAUGGCAGUACUACAAAACCAAUUUUUGUUCUUACUGCUCCAGCAUCUAGUCUGCCAGAUUUGAAUACUUCAGCUUCACCAUCUACAGUGUUUCAGCAGCCUUUCACGGACUUGCAGCAAGUGCAAUUGCGUGCUCAGAUCUUCGUUUAUGGAGCUUUAAUUCAAGGAACAUUUCCUGAGGAAGCACAUAUGAUAUCAGCAUUUGGUGGACCUGAUGGUGGAAGGAGCAUUUGGGAGAAUGCCUGGCGUGUGUGCAUGGGAAGGCUACAUGGUCAAAAGUCUCAUCCUAUUACCCCUGAAACCCCUCUGCAGCCACGUUCUGGUGUUAGGACUUCUGAACAAGCAAUUAAACAAAGUGCACUUCAAAGUAAAGGUAUUGGUUCACCUCUUGGUCGAACCAGCAGUAAGGGUAGUCCAACAGUUGUAAAUUCGAUGAUACCCCUUUCAUCACCACUGUGGAGUAUUCCUACCCCUUCUUGUGAUGCCCUGCAAUCUAGUGUCAUGCCAAGAGGUUCAGUCAUGGAUUAUCAGCAGGUACUUACUACAUUGCAUCCUUAUCAAACUCCUCCAGUUAGAAACUUUGUUGGACAUAACACCUCGUGGAUAUCUCAGUUCCCUUUUCGUGGUCCCUGGAUGGCUUCUCCGCAAACUUCUGCACCUGAUGCCAGUGCUCGUGUUUCUGUGUUACCUAACACAGAAACUAUUAAAUCAACUCCUUUAAAGGAAUCAUCUGUGCUACAUUCCUCUGGUAUAAAGCACGUUUCCACGGGUCCAGUGGUUCAUAGUGGGGUUCCUACUAGCACUCCCCUGCUUGAUCCAAAAGAAGUAACAGCAUCACCUGGACAGAAUACUAAAGAUCCAAAGUCGAGGAGGAGGAAAAAGACUCCAGUUUCUGAGGAUCUUGGCCAGAUUGUUUUGCAACCUCAAUUUCAACCAGAACCAGUUUUUACUCCUGCUUUAACUAGUCAUCUGUCUACAUCUGUUGCCAUUGCAACACCCACUGGGUCUGCUUCUAAGGCCACUUCGGAGAAAAUGGUUCCAUCUGAGUCUCCUAUAUCAUGCACUGAUAAUCUCAAAAGGGUUGGUGACUACGUAGAGCAGAGGGCCACUUUGUCAGAGGAGACCCUUAGUAAUGUCAAGGAGGCUAGGUUACAGGCAGAGAAUGCUGCUGCUCUCUCUGCUGCUGCUGUUAGUCACAGCCAAGAAAUAUGGAGUCAGUUGGAAAAGCAAAAAAGUUCUGGACUGGUGUCAGAUGUUGAAGCUAAGUUAGCUUCUGCUGCUGUUGCAAUAGCAGCAGCUGCUGCUGUUGCGAAGGCAGCAGCUGCGGCUGCCAAUGUUGCAUCAAGUGCUGCAUUGCAAGCAAAGCUAAUGGCUGAAGAAGCACUUGUUGCGAAUGGUUAUGGCAAUCCCAGUCAAGGUAAUGGGACUUCUCUUCCUGAUAGUGUGAAUAUUCUUGGAAAGGCAACUCCCGCAUCCAUCCUGAAGGGUGAAAAUGGAACAAACAGUUCCAAUUCAAUCAUUAUAGCUGCUAAGGAGGCUGUUAGAAAGAGGGUUGAAGCUGCUUCAGCUGCCACAAAAAGAGCUGAAAAUAUGGAUGCCAUUGUAAAAGCUGCUGAGCUGGCAGCAGAGGCGAUAUCACAAGCUGGAAAGAUUGUUGCUAUGGGUGAUCCUUUGCCAUUAAGUGAGCUGGUAAAAGCUGGGCCAGGGGGUUUUUGGAAAGUAUCCAGAGAAUCUUUUGAGCUAGUUGUGAAACCAAAUGACACAAAUAGAGAACAUCUAAACAAUGAUAGUAUUGGAGGAGGUCCAAAUAAUUCUACUAACAAUUCAAAAGACGGAUCAUCAGAUAAGAAAGAAAAUCAGAUUACUACAUAUGAGAAAUCAUCUAUCCCAACAGAGAUGCCGAGGGAGUCAAUGCAGGAUCAAAUGAGAUUGGUAGAUGGCAUUUCAGCUACUGUUGCAACUAAUGAAAAGGAUUCAAGAGGACAAAAGGGCCGAAAAGUUUCUGAUUUGGCUAAAACCAUUGGUGUCGUCCCUGAAUCUGAGACUGGAUCAAGAUUUUCCGCUGUUCAGAAUGAGUCUGAAAAGGCUGUGGAAACUUUUAAACAGAAUAGCAUCAAGGAGGGUUCACUUGUAGAGGUUCUCAAAGAUACAGAAGGAUUUAAAGCAGCCUGGUUCACAGCCAAGGUGUUGAGUUUGGAUGAUGGAAAGGCACAUGUUUCUUACAAUGAACUUCAAACAGAUGAUGGAGAGGGACCACUGAUGGAAUGGGUGGCACUUCUAGGUGAAGGAGACAAGGCACCAAGAAUACGCAUAGCCCGUCCUGUUACUGCUGUGCGAUAUGAAGGUACAAGGAAAAGACGUAGAGCGGCCAUGGGGGAUUAUAAUUGGUCUGUCGGUGAUAGAGUUGAUGCAUGGAUUAGAGACAGCUGGUUGGAAGGGGUUGUAACCGAAAAGAUCAGUAAAGAUGGGACUACAUUAACCGUCCAACUUCCAGCUCAAGGAGAAACCUCAGUUGUGAGAGCCUGGGAUCUUCGGCCUUCUCUCAUUUGGAAUGAUGGGGAAUGGAUUGAAUGGUCCAAUCUGCGAGAACAUGACUCUGCUUCUCACGAGGGUGAUAUGCCACAGGAAAAACGACUCAAGUUGGGCAGUCCAAUGGUAGAGGCCAGGGGGAAGGAUAAGAUCUUGAAAAGCAAGGAUGUUGUAGAAUCAGGAAAACCUGAAGAAUCAAGAUUACUGGAUUUAUCAGCGAAUGAAAAGAUAUUUAAUAUUGGUAAGGAUGCCAGAAAUGAGAAUAAGCCAGAUGCCCUCAGAACAAUACGGACUGGUCUGCAGAAGGAAGGAUCGAGAGUGAUUUUUGGUAUUCCUAAGCCUGGAAAGAAGAGAAAAUUCAUGGAAGUAAGCAAACAUUAUGUUGCAGAUCGAAGUAAUAAAAUUAAUGAAGCAAAUGAUUCAGCUAAAUUCGUGAAAUAUAUGAUGCCUCAAGGAUCAGGAUCCCGUGGAUGGAAAAAUAGUUCUAAAAGUGAUUUAAAGGAAAAACGAGUUGCUGAAACCAAGCCAAGAGCUCUUAAGUCUGGAAAACAACAAAGUGUUACAGGUAGAACUAUUCCAGCAAAGGACAACCUUCUGAGUGCAGUUUCUGCUCCUGAUGAUGGCACUUUGACAGAUCAUUCAGCAAGAGUCAAGGAUUCUGUAAGUCAUUCGGAGAAUGCAUCGGGAAAGCAUAACCUGUCAGAAAUUGGAUCACUUGCUAGCACUGAGGUAGCUGCAGAGGGCCCAAUUUUAUUUACUUCACUGGCUCCCUCAUCAGAUGGAUCCUUCAAGAAAGGUUCUGCAUCAAAUGCCAAAUCUGAAAGGGUGAAUAAAGGAAAACUUGCACCUGCUGGUGGUGGAAAGUUGGCUAGAAUUGAGGAGGACAAAGUUUUUAAUGCUAAUCCUGCAAAAUCAACCUCUGAAGUUAUUGAGCGACGCAGAUCUAAUCGUAGAAUUCAACCAACGUCAAGGCUACUGGAAGGAUUGCAAAGCUCAUUGAUCAUCUCGAAGAUUCCUUCUGUUUCACACGACAAGGGUUACAAGAGUCAGAAUAGGAGUGGUUCUAGAGGGAAUAACCAUGGCUGAAUGAAGCUUCUGCAAUGAUGUGUUCAAGUUCAGAGAAGAUCAGUUAUGGGAUGAUCAAUACACCAAAGCUUAGUUCAUGUGUAUAUUAUUAUAGUAGGAGAGAAAAUUAGAAAUGGAAAUUCCUGCUUCCUGUGGUUUAGUCAAAAUCUAGUCAGUAGAUAAUAUUGAUUUAGUUUCUUCUAAAGUAUGAUUACCCUAGGUCUUGCCUAAUAGGUUGUAUAUGGAAAAUUCUCCAUGUAGUCUGGCUUGAAAUCACCGAGGAAGUUUGCAGAUGAGCAAUCUUGACGCUUCUUUCCUGGCUAAAAUUAACAUCUUGACGUGCUC